UUUUUUUAUCGCGCGACCCUCCCGCAGGAGGGAAUUUGGCAGAGAGUAAUUUAUUCGAUAAUCGUUUAAUCGUUAUCGGUUUCAGAGAUCCCGCGACUUCCCGCGCGAAGUCGCUCGAAUUCGAUCUCGCGAGCCUUCGAGUCUCGCUCGUUCCCUAAGGCCGGUUCUACAUUGGCCGCAUCGCAGUGUCGCGAGGGCCGUAGACUGGUUCUAAUUCAACGCCGAUUGGCCGAAUCUAUGAUUUGCAAUGCUUGCGACGUACGACAUGAUCAAUGCGGAACUGGCCUAAUAGCACAGUGCAUUGACCAAACAUUGGUCAAACAUUGACCCAACAUUUGGUUGUAUUGGGCCAAUGUGGAGCCAAUGCAUUCUUUAUCGCACGACCCACCUGCAGGAGGGAAUUUGGCAGCGAGUAAGUUAUUCGACAACCGUUUAACACGUAUCGCUUAACGUUAUCGGUCUCAGAGACUCCGCGUCUUUCCGCGCGAAGUCACUCGAAUUCGAACUCGCGAACCUUCGAGUCUCGCUCGUAUCCUAACAGCUCAGUGCAUUGACCAAACAUUGGUUAAACAUUGACCCAACAUUUGGUUGUAUUGAACCAAUGCACUGUGCUAGGGUUGAUCCUUUAUCGCGCGACCCACCUGCAGGAGGGAAUUUGGCAGCGAGUAAGUUAUUCGACAACCGUUUAACGCGUAUCGGUUAACGUUAUCGGUCUGAGAGAUGUGGCGCUGUCUCCUCUCCUUCCCACGGUAAUAUCUAUCUGACCUAUUGUACGAGUAUUCUUAGCCGUCCUUCAAUGUGCUCAGAACCCCGUGGCAAAUGGCCACGUCCCGCUCGCCAUAAGUGCAAUCUAAUUACCGGCAUGUGCGAGGUGUUUGCCGACGAGUGACGGGGCAGCGAGCUAGACUUGCGCGUACGCGCUCGGUCCAACCAGGGAAAUCAAUAUCGCAGCCGACAAUCCAGGUUCACGCUACGAACUGCUUCGCACGACGGUACGCGCAACAGUUGCGUCGAGGCGAGAGACACGAAGAGGAGCCCCGCGACAGCCGCGGGCACGUUCGUCGCGUCGCCGAAUUGUUCAGCCCGUAACAGUCGAAGAGUUGGCGCGCACGCGGACUUGCCGGCGGGAACGUCCGGGACAUUCGAUUUGCAUCGGACCCGGGGGUGGGUCGGAAGCCGAAAGAAUUGUAAAAGCGCGCAACUUGGAAUGCCGUCCGACAUGCCGUCUCGCGUUGCCAUGGAAAUCCGCGAGAACGACGGCACCAGUCCCGGACUGAUACUCAUUGUCAGAUAAACAACGUGGGGCGACAUGGACCUCGCCAGGAUGACGGAGAAACGACUGUCGUUGGGCAUCAACGUUAGCAUUCUGCUGAUAUUGACGAUAUUCGGCGUGCUUCUGUCCUUGCCUUUGCGAUUGUUGUUCGACACGAAUUACUCCGAGCAGAAUCGCGGAGACGAGGGUGGUGUCAGCGAGAGGGGGAGGGUGCCCGCGAUACCGAUGGAUCAUCGGAGAUUAAGACGCUGCCCGAAUCUGCUGUACGAGGAUCGCUUGAUGUCCGUCUUCACGAGCGAUUACGACGAAAAUUGCACGUACGCGGACGACGAGUACGACGAUGACGAGGAUGACGACGAUGAUGACAGCGACUCUGAAGAGGAUAGCAGGGAGGACGUGGGCGAGGAGAGGGGAAGGACGUACAGGCCCAAGAGGAGAAUCGGCGUAGAAAUGAAAGAAGGCGCUGAAGAGAUCUUGAAGACGCGUCAGAUGAAGUCCGUCACGGUGGCAGGCCACAUACUCGUGACGAUGUUGCUCGUAUCAGUAAUAGCUGCCCUCGUUGAAGUACUGCGAAUACGCUUCGCCAGAGAAAAAGAUUCGUCUAGGGCAGGCACGAUUAUCUCACGGAGAUGCUCCAACGUGGACACACCCGCCACAAGACGUCCCAUUUCAAGAGAAUUAAUUAGAAGCCAAAAGUCCUUUGAGAUACCAGGAAUGCACCGUUCCGCAUUGCGUCUGUUAGGAGCGCGGCCGCCCCCGCUUAUCCGCCGCUCCUCGUUCCCAAUAUCACAAGUGAAGCAAGCCGCUACUUCGUCUCUUUGCGGUACACCGAGUAAAGGACAGACGCGGCGCCAGUCGGCCGAGUCGGACGAAGAAAUUGGAAUUGUCACUAACGCUCUUCAUCAUCGCAUUCGUCUAAUCCGACGCCAUUAAAGCGGCACGAGAACAGUGUACAUUAAUCCAUCAAAUUGCUACGACACAACUGCAACAGGGUACGCGUUUUCGACCGUACGGUUACACAACGCACAACGAUCACGUUCAAUGAUCUUUUCUACGCUCGUGCAACGUCUCUCUCGCUGAUCAACAGUAGAUCCGCAAUAGCAUCUUCCAACGCCAUCCCCUACAGCGGCUUCCAGUAGUGCUCCAUCUCCGUGACGCUUUUAUACCGACGCUGUCCAUCGAAAAUUCUGCUUUCCAGCCAAGCAAUAUUUGAAAUAGGUUUGAGACCGGGAUUGAUAUACAGAAUCAAAUUUCAGGAUCGAUAGCUGCUCCCUCAGAAAGGAUUUCUGUUACCGAGACCAAAUAUAUUCUUGACGCAUUUAUAUUUCUCACAACCUCAUUUAGUAUGUCAAAAUAUAAUCAAUAAUUCUUAUUCUCCUCUAGCGAAUUAAACAAGAUCGACUUGCUAUAUUGAGACAAGAGUAACUUAUACAUAUAAAUGUAAGUUUAUACAGGGUGUCAUUGAAUAUUGGGGACUUUUUUGGUGUGCAGGUAGAGCGGACUAGACCGAGUCGAAAAGUCCUGUACCAUUUUGCAAUUUUCGCAAUAGAUAACGAGUAAUUAAUUAUUCAAAAUUGUCGUCUUAGCCCGGCUCACCUCCCAAUUCGAGCGCGUGGCGAGAUGUGACCGCCCGGCGAUCGAUAUUACCAGGCGCACGGAAAGUUCGAAAUGUUCGAAAGCUCGAAUUGGGAGGUGGGCCGGGCUAACAAAGACGACAAUUUUGAAUAAUUAAUUACUCGUUAUCUAUCGCGAAAAUUGCAAAAUGGUACAGGACUUUUCGACUCGGCCUAGUCCGCUCUACCUGCACACCAAAAAAGUCCCCAAUAUUCAAUGACACCCUGUAUAAGUUUUUUAUAAUCUUACGUUUAGAAUCAAUUUUCCCU